CAAGCAGUCAUUCUCCUCCCAUCUGAGGGUUUAACAGAGAGCAGAGCCAAGCUGGUGGUCAGAGUUUACGCCGGAUCAUAGCAGAGAAGAGAGCAGCCCCCCCACAGCCCACCACCAUGGACGUCAAGCUGCUCGCACUGAUGGCCCUGCUGAUCGUGGCCACACACACUCCCACCUCCAAAGCCAAACCCAUCAGCCUGGUUGAACGGUGCUGGUGUCGCUCCACGCUCAACACUGUUCCUCAGCGCAGCAUCAAAGAGCUGAAGUUCCUCCACACACCCAACUGCCCCUUCCAAGUCAUUGCUAAACUGAAGAACAACAGAGAAGUUUGCAUCAACCCAGAGACCAAGUGGCUGCAGCAGUACUUAAAGAAUGCCAUCAACAAGGUGAAGAAAUCCAAGAGACGCAAUGGCCAGAAGAUCUAGACGAGAGGGACACAGAGUCAAACGUCCCGCCGUUAAACCUGGGAAUUCCAGGUUGAUCCUCUUCCCCUUCCUGCCCCUGCUCCAGAUGUAUGCAAACACAGCUCGUACCUCUCCUCCUCUUUGGACCACUUACAGAAGCAGCACUUCCCUUCCAACAUCCGCUUCACCACUUCACUCUGGACACGUGGGACGCCACUGUAACUGUCAAGGACAAUUACAGCUUUCAGAAAUGACGGAAAACUGGGCAUCAAGCAGACGUGUGUUUGUCAUUGACACAUCAGUGACGGAACAUGCCAGCUUAGUGUUUCCUGUGAAGCCACUGAUUGAGCUAAAGUUGGAGCUGGCUUUGUCUGUCAGAGAUGUGACACGUUAUAGGUUAAGAUCAAAGCAAGUUUGCCUAGCAAACUGAUCUCACGUAUGGUCACGGGGGUUGUCAUUUGGAAAUGAGCCCAGCAAAGCUAUAAGACCAACCUCGAAGGAUGCACACAUUUAGCCAAUUCGCCCUAAAGCAGAUGUUCUUGACCUCCACUGAAACCAAAGUCUGCUCAGGAAUCUGCCUCAGCUUACAGAUGACGGGAUCAUUUAUGACCUCCAAGUCCACUUUCUAUGCUUGUGCUAAUAUUCUGCUGAUUACUGGUCACCAUGUGUCAACAUACUUGUGUUCAUCUGAACUUAUCAAUGGUUCUCUCUACUAAUAUUUUCUUCGCCAAAUCUUUCUAAAGUAUAUCGAACUAUCUUCAUUCAAUGAAUGUUCCACAGGCACAAGUCUGCCUCUAUGAGAGCUCCUGCAUUCCUGCACACGUUUAACAACUCCUGCCUGAGUUCAUGUAAAACAAUCAAAACAGAAACCUGCGUGUGAUUGGCCACUUUUCCUAUUGGCCCCGCCCCAUUACCAUUACAAUGGUCAAAUAAAAAAUAUAAAAAAUGACUAUUUCAUAAAACGAUCAUUUUCUAAACUAUUAUAGAGAAACAGAUACAUUCUAUUAAAAUAUUAAAUCAAAAACGGAACAAAGAACUUUUAAAUGAAAUAUUUGUAGAUUUCUGACACCAAACUACUUCAGCUCCACCCAAAAUGAACGUUUAAAUUCCUUUUUUUAAAAGUUCCUCUUUUUGUAUUUUCUCCGUGAUCCAAAACUUUUCUUAGAAAAUGAAUUUAAACAUUCAUUAUGGGUUUGCUUCAUUUUAGAUCUUUAAAAAAUGAGAACAUCAAAAAUGAUUUGUUUUGCUACAGUAGUUUAGAAAUUGAUUAAAUAAAUAAAGCAGUACUUUUUCCCUCUUUUCAUUUUUAGUUUUAUAUUGAAAAACGAAUGAUACGCGGGUAUUUCCGUUUUUUUUCCCUUCAAUGUUGAGUUUCACAUGGGCGCACAGGAGAAGCUCCAUGAGCGCACAGUCCUCCACCAGGGGGCAGAACUAGUUUUAGGAGCGUAAGAAUACGUUCAGGCGAGCAGGAGAGGUCACAGGAGUGUAAGAAUACUCCCACAAGUGUGGAGAAGAGGUUUCAUGAGUGUGCAGGAGUAGAGGAGCCGGCGUGGAAACCGUCCUGUGCCCGUGGAACAAUCCUUGUGCGUGAGGAGAAUGUUCAUUGCACGCGUGGAACGCUCCUUGCGCACAUGGAGUGUGUUCAUUGUGCACGUGGAGUGUUCCUUGCGCACUAAGUGUUUGACGUUUGACAUACGCUCAUGGGAGACCUGGCGGAAAUUUAACCCCAUAAAUAUUUAUAUUUUUUCUUGGUGCAGAAAAUAAACUUUCUAAAACUCACCUAUUUCAAUUGGAUUAAGCAUCUUAUCUUGAACAUUAGAUGAUGCAGCCAAAACACGAACAGCUUCUGUUAACUCACUAACUUACUAACAAUGUUUGGUUUGUCAGGUCAAAGCGUGCAGUCACAGAUCUGCCUCUACAGGAGACACGCUGCUUAGAAACGAGCACUGAUUUAGUUUAUAUCCAGGAGAAUGGGUCACAGCCAUUGGUGUGUUUGUAUUUUGUUGUUCACUUUGUGAAAAAAAAAUAUCAAAAUAAGAUGUAAUGAACUCGGUGUUGUGGUUUAAGCCACACACAGCUUCACCUGGUCUAAAAAAGAGUAUUUAUUCAGCAAAAUCCAGGAUCAAAAAGAUGUUUUAACUCCAGUGUUGGAAGAAGGAGCUGGUUGUGUUUUGAAGUCGUCCUCAGUUUUCCUCAGAGGAGCAGUGUGGCUCUGAGUGCAGUAUUCCACCACCAACACCGAUCCUUGAAGGGAAUGAAAAGCUAUUUGAGAAAAGAGGAAUGUUUCGACGGGAGAAGCAGGAAAGUUACUGGUUAUUCAUUCACAAAUUAUUUUAGAGCCACUUUAUAUUUGUCUUUCAAAUGUGAUUUUUGUUGUUGUUUUUAUAAUACGUAUAUCUAUAAUCUUACAAUUGCUUUAAAUGUAAUGUGUUGUAGACAGUAGAUGAAGGCAACAAAUCACAGUAUUAAACUUUUAUAUUCCAUGCAGAUGUUUGUGUGUUAACAUUCUAACGUGACGCUUAAACACAAAAUCUUUAACAUACUGUAAGUUUUCAACCGUUAACAUGAUCAUUCUCGCCGCUUUUCUCCUUCAAAAUCUACGGGAAUGAUCAUGUUAACAGUUAAAAAAGAACAUAAACACUGGAGCUCCGGAAUCAGUCAUGAAGGUCCUUAUUGUUCUGAUUAUUUUGUUUUCCUUUCAGACUUUAAUACAGGAGUAACUGAUAGAGCAGCUUCUCAUUCGGAUAUCUGCAUUUAGCGGCCUUUCAUUUUGCAUAAUUAUAUCAACACAUAAAGUUAUGAAAAUACAGUGGAGUGUUCCUAACAAUUGGAUGAAUUCACCACAUUUAGUUUUGUAUUUCUAAACUUUGCUCUGGAGCUUGUGUCCAUCUUUAUGAGAAUAUCCGCUCAAAAACAUCAAAUAUUUACAGUCUUACCAGCAGUAAAGCUGAACUGGAUUACAGCAAACAUAUUUAAUUACAUUAACAGAACACAGCAUAGUUCCUCCAGGUCCGUUUUAAAAUCAUCAAUGGGCAUUUUGUCCAUAGGAUAAUUUUUUAUCUAUUUGAAGAACACAAAGUUCCAUUCAGACUUAAUUAGGGGCAGUUUGUAGAGUUCAGACAAACUUCUCCUGGAGAUUUUUCUACCUGCUGUUUGUUGAUUCAGUUUUAACUUUGGAACCCCGAGACAAUGUGAAACCACGUCCUUUCUUUUCAGGGCAGCUUCUGACACGUUUUCUUGAUAGGAUGAACCAGAGUGUCACCUUUUGUAUUCUCACUGGCUGUAAUCCAAGAUUUAUAUAUAUGCUCAUUUUUCAAUAAAGUCAUUAAAAGCCA